GAGUAUCUGUGCCCCUUAUCAAAGUUGAGAUAUGGCAGACAGACUCUGGUACAAUCAACCUGCCACCAAAUGGCAAGAUGGACUUCCCAUUGGGAACGGACGCAUCGGUGCUGUGGUCAUCUCAAAUAUCGCAACUGAAGUAUGGUCACUCAAUGAUAUAACCUUCUGGUCCGGUAAAUUUGAAGCUACACCAGAAGAUGAGUAUGGUGGAGGAGAGGCUUUAACGAGAAUUCGGGAGAAAUACUUUGCAAAUGAUUUUGUAGGAGGUAGACGCUUGGCGGAGAAGUAUUUGCAGCCCAAGAAACGUAAUUUCGGUACAAACCUCCGUGUUGCUGAAAUCCUCCUUGAUUUUCCGAAGCUACAGCGUGCAGAGGCUGAUGCUGCCAUUACGACCAAACGGGAGCUGAACCUUGAUGAGGCAACUGUCUCGACGGAAUGUUGGAUCAAUGGCUACAAAUAUUCCCGAGAAGUGUUUAUGUCCCAUGCCCAUCAGCUGCUUGUGGCGAGAAUAACAACGGAUGCUCCAGAAGGGUUCUCUUCAGAGCUUUCUGUAAAGGGUGUAACCGAAAGCUUCAGGAUUACUAACGUUAGUGAUGGCCAGCUAGCGUUUGAGACGCGGGCGGUUGAGACCAUCCAUAGUGAUGGGACUUGUGGCGUCCGUGGUAUGGGAAUAAUCAAAGUAGGAGUUACAAGUGGUAUGGUGCAUAAUGGAACCGACAAACUUUUUAUACAAGGUGCAACUGAGAUGGUCAUCAGAGUGGCAUUUAAUACUGACUUUCGAGAAAAGGGUGAUGGGUGGAAGGCCAGAGCAGUCAAACAACUUGAGGAAACCAACAACAUGACCUAUUCCCAACUCCGGGCAAGUCAUAUCAGUGAUUACCAAUUACUCUAUCGACGUGUACAAAUAGACCUGGGAAAGAACGAUCGAUCAACCCUCUCAACAGAUCAAAGACGUCAUUCACUGGCUUUGGGCUACGACGACCCGGAAUUGUUUUCUCUGUUUUUCCAGUACGCCCGAUAUCUUACUAUUGCUGGAACACGAGAAGAUUCGCCACUCCCAUUACAUCUUCAAGGUUUGUGGAAUGAUGGAGAGGCCAAUGCAAUGAAUUGGAGUUGUGAUUAUCAUCUCGACAUCAACACUCAAAUGAACUACUUCCCAACGGAAAUCGCGAAUCUUCCCGAACUCCAUGUACCUCUCAUGCAUUACUGCGAGUAUCUCGCGGUUAGUGGCAGGGAAACGGCCAAGCAAUCAUAUGGUGCACCAGGCUGGGUUGCUCAUGUUUUUUCAAAUGUAUGGGGAUUCUCUGAUCCUGGAUGGGAAACUUCAUGGGGAUUGAAUGUCACCGGUGGAUUGUGGAUAGCGGCUCAUAUGAUAGAGCAUUACGAGUAUACGACAGAUAGGGAAUACCUUGCUACUAAAGCCUAUCCAGUUUUGAAGGAGGCUGCGUGCUUCUUUCUCAAUUACAUGACAGUCGACCCCCGCACUGGCUACCUUGUCACCGGUCCGUCAGUCUCUCCCGAGAAUAGUUUCUAUCCAUUCACUGAGAGGAAUGAGGAGCACCAUCUCUCCCUUGCGCCGACCAUUGAUAUAAUUCUUGUUCGUGAGUUGUUUCAAUUCUGCAUACGUGCCGUAAACGAACUUGGAAAUGCCGACCUCAAAUUCGCCUCUGAACUCACUGAAGCGUUGGAAAAACUCCCACCUUUCAAAAUUGGCAAACAGGGUCAAUUACAAGAGUGGGCGGAAGAUUACAAAGAAGCACAGCCUGAUCAUCGUCACCUAUCACAUACAAUGGCGCUGUGUCGUAGCAAUCAAAUCACUCUGCGACAUAGUCCGGAUCUAGCAUCCGCUACGCAAGUGAGUAUUAAAAAUAGACGGGCUUGCAACAAUUUGGAAGACAUUGAAUUCACUGCAGUUUUGUUGGGGCUAAAUUAUGCAAGGCUCAACGAUUCAAGUGGCGCAUUCGAUCAGCUAGGUCACCUGAUUGCAGACCUCACAUUUGAGAAUCUUCUUACAUACUCGAAGCCGGGAAUAGCUGGGGCGGAAGCAAACAUCUUUGUAGUCGAUGGAAAUUACGGAGGUGCUGCUGUGGUAGCGGAGAUGCUCUUAAGAAGCAUAUUCAAUGGACCGAAAGGAGUGGAAAUUGAUCUUCUUCCAGCCCUACCUGAUCAAUGGCCCACGGGGUUUGUGCGAGGUCUUCGGGCUAGGGGAAAUAUUGAAGUGUUUCUUGAAUGGACUGACGGAAAGCUCAUCACAGUAGAGCUGAAGACUUAUUCGGUUGGUAAGGCGACAGUAUACUAUCAACAAGAAGUUAAAGAACUGGACUUGAUUGAGGAUGGGUUUUUUAAAUUGAAUGGCUCCUUAGAGCUAGUUUGAGUUAAAAUAUGUCGAGAAAGGCUACAGAGAAGACGUCAG